AUGGUGGUGGUGGUGGGUACUUUUUCCUAACUAGGAUUCCUCCCCAAAAAAAAGGAACGGGGGUGUGCUGCGCUUUACUAACUAACAAAUUUAAUCGAUAUUAUCAAAACUAUUCGCAUUUUUAUUUCCAAAAAGAAGGAGAAGAAGAAGAAGAAGAAGAAAAAGAAGAACAAGAACAAGAAGAGAAUAAUGAAGAGAUUAAUAAAUUAAUCAAAGUUUAGAGAGUUAAUUGGAGAAGGAGGAGAAGGGGAGGGAUAGGAGAUCAUUGUUGUUAUUGUUGUUGUUGUUGUUGUUGUUGUUGUUGUUGUUGUUGUUGUUAUUUAGAGGAAUCUAGUCACGCACAGGUAGAAAGAAAAGAUCGACGUCGACGAAACUACACUACAGGAUUAAAAGGAUUAAUCCAAAAGGAUAUACACCAAAGAAAAUUAGUCUGAAUUUAAACGUGGUCGAUGGACCGACCACCCCCUAACCUCCUCUGAAAAGAUCAAUACCAAAGAAGUCAAAAGAUCAACAAGUUUAAACGCUUUUAGAUGUAGUAAAAUUUACGAGAAAAUCAUUCUUCAUCGUAUUUUAUUAAAGUGAACUUUGAUCAAUGACCGAUGAAGAUGUAAAAGGAGAAAAAAAGUAUCAAGAAACAACGAGGAAAAGUCUCAUCCUUAUUCUUGCAUUAUUGAUUUCUAACGAGCUGAACAAGCUAUUCCUGUUUCAUACAAUCAUGAUGAUGAUGAUGAUUAUAAUGAUGGUGAUGAAGAAUUGAAAGAAUACACUGGAGGAUACUACGAGGCUACUCAGAAUAAUAAUUUAUAAUCAAUAAAAUCACGAAUUUCAAGGUUGAUUAAUGAUCAAGUUUAAAAAAGAGUAACAACAAAGAUAGAUAGAUAGAUAGAGAGAGAGAGAAGUAUUAUUAAUCUAUUUAUUGAACAAUCAAUAUGAUUACAAAAUUGAUGAUGUAAUAUCAUCGGCACCUAAAAGGGUUAUGAAAUAAUAGGAAGAAAGAAAGAAAGGAAAGAAGAAAAAAAGAAAGAAAGAAAUAUAUAAAUAAUAGAGAGAAGCUAUAGUUUCCUAGUUGAAGGAAAAGAAGGAAAGGUGAGAGGUUGUAGACGAGCUUGAAAGUUGGAAGGAGGGUUGGAAGGGUAUUGAAAUAGAGGAGUAGAAGAAGAAGAAGUGAGGAGGGAGAGAGAGAAAGAGAGAGAGAGAGAGAGAGGGAGAGAGGGAGAAAGGUAGCAGGGUCUUGUCUGGAAGGGUGGCAAGAGUGAAAAGCCGGGUAGGAGUAAGCCGGCUAGCAAGCAAGCAAGUAAGCAGGCAGGCAGGCAGACAGACAGACAGACGGGCAGGCAGGCAGGCAGGCAGGCAGGCAGGCAAGGCAGGCAAGGCAGGCAAGGCAGGCAAGGCAGGCAAGGCAGGCAGGCAGGCAAGUGAACGAGCUAGCUAUCCAAGGAAAGCGUGAGUGAGAGAGGAAGAUACAGAGACAGAGUGAGAGGGAGGGAGGAGGAGGGAGGGAGUGAGUAAGAGGAAGAAGGAAGGAGAGUUUAUAGGAGGGGUGAAACCGGGUUGAUAUCGACCGAGGAUUGCGCUUGCGUGGAAAAAGGCGCGCUCGAAGAAUUCCAUCGUGCGCGUCGUCAAAGAUAGUAGUCAAAGCUCUCCUCUCGAGUAGUAUUCGGUUGAUCGACGAGGAGGAAACGACAGGAUAGGACGAAUGCAUAACGUCAUUCUAUCACUGUAUCUGUUUUAGCGAUGUCGAGUAUACUCGACUUCCGUUAUCCUCUUUGGCUCUGUGCUUGGUGAUUCCAACGCCUGCACGAGCCAUCGACGAACUUCCGGAAGUCUUUGCGGAUAGAUAGAUACAAAGAGAGAGAGAGAGAGAGAGGAAGGGUGGGAGGGAGGGAGGGAGAGAGAGAGAGAGAGAGAGAGAGAGAGAAGAAAAAAGAGAUCAUAUUUCUUUGGAUUGAGAAGUCGACAGGGAAUAUUCAGAACGAGAGGGGUUGGAGAGGGGAGAGAGAGAGAGAGAGAGAGAGAGAGAGAGAGAGAGAGAGAGAGAAACGAAGAGAAAUAAGAAAGAAGAGAGUAAAGCUAUCGCGAGACGCGAUAACGAGCUGUGAUAAGACUGUAUAACUCUUUUUCUCUCUCUCUUUCUCUCUCCCUCUCUCUCUCUCUCUCUCUCUCUCUCUCUCUCCCUCUCUCCCUCCAUCCAUCCGCGUUGUUAACUUCUGGACACUCUCACAUAGUUACGAUAAAGUGUUCAAGAACGUCAUCGUCAUGACGUUCGUUCUACCUAGAAGACGACAUAAUUUCGAUAGAUGUGACGGUGGUUGUGAAGGUAGUAGUGACGGUGAUGGUAGUAGUGGUAGUGAUAAUGGUAAUGAUAGUGGUAAUAGUGAUCGUGAUUAUGUUGCCUAUUCGUCACUGAAUCCACCGAGUUGAAGAAGAGCUAAUCUAAUCUAAUCUAAUCGUAAUAAUACGUGAGAGAGGAGAAGUUUUUAGUCCUCGUGUCGAUAUGCUCUGAUAGAUGAACGCGAGCGUCGAAGUCUCUCGAGGCUGAGGUGCUCGAAAAUUUGUCUCUCUUAUUUCACUUUCUCUCUUUUUAUAUUUCUCUCUCUCUCUCUCUCUCUUUCCUUCUCUCUCUCUCUCUCUCUCUCUCUUUCCGUCUCCGUCUCUGUGCUUAACUUUCUGAACAUGAUCAAUAUGCAGCAGUUGAUCCUAGGACAAGUAUCUAGUAGUAGCGAGCAACCUCAAGAAGAGGUUCAAUUGACCGAACUAUUGCCCGUCAAACAGUCACGUAUUAGGGAGAAUAAUGUUUUCAAGGACAUCGAUGCUACCGAUGCAUUGAAAGCACUCCGAAGUUUUUCCGGUGGAUGUAACGAGGAGGAACAGGACUUUGGAUUGAGAAUUUUUGACGAGACAGAAAAUGGCCGUGAGAAAGAUGAGAUUAAAACUAAACGUGGAUGUGGAAAUAAGAGGAAAUCGAAUCAUACGCACGUUGAUAACUUGGAAAAGAAGAAAAAUAAUUCGAACGAACGUGAGAUCGAUCAUCGUGAGGUGACCGAUUGUAAAAGAUCGAUAAUGUCCAAGAAAAGAAACGUAGUAAGGAAAGAUUCUAAGAAGAUAAUAUCAGGUUCUAACAAAAGGGCUGUUAAAAAGAUAGGGAUCAUUGAUUCGACUGAUCGAACGAAAGACAAUACGGAAGAGGACGAUGAUAAUCAAUCAGUUUUAUACGACGACGAAAUUCCAACAUAUUUGGAUCUGGAUAAAACGAAAGAUAGUUUGAACGACGAAAUUUACGUGUUCCGUCGUGAAAGAUCUAACUCGUGCUCUCUCUCUCAAACGUCCAGCGAAGUGAAUCAUGAAAAUACAGAAGAGAUUUAUGAAAACGAUUAUCAAACGACCGACGGUGUUCUAAUAAAGAAAUUCACUCAUCGUUCAAAGAAUUCAGAGAUUAGUACGGACGAGUUAAACUCAUCGAUAUCCGAGGAAGAAAGAACGACUCUAACGACCGACGAUAAUCCAGAGAAAGAAUUAAGAUUGAAGAUCGACGCGAUAAUCCAGGCGAAUUUUUUGGUCGAAAGAGAUAACAACAAUGUCGUUAGUCAAGAUAGAAAGAAAUUAAAUAUGAAAGAGAGUUCUUCGAAGUCAUCGUCAUCGCCACCACCAUCUCAAUUAUCUACGAUAGUAACUAACGAGGUUCAGGAUGGAUCAACGUUCAGCGACGAAGAGACAAAAAGAUCAGAGGACGAUGGUAGCAACGAGGAUCAAACCCAAAAGGAUUCUCAAAAGAAAUAUUGUUGUGUUGUUUGUGAUGCCCGUUUCAAAGGUAGCGGUGGCCUAAGGAAUCAUUAUAAAGUUGUUCACGGUGCUGGGCCAAUUUUCAAAUGUGACGAGUGCGGCAAGGAGUUCCCAUUGAAGGAACGUUUGAAGCUCCACGUUCGAACCCAUACCGGCUUCAAGCCAUACAAGUGUCCGGAAUGUGACAAGAGCUUUGCCAGGGGUGGCCAAUUGGUUCAACAUCGUCGUACACAUAGCCAGGUAAAACCUUAUCGUUGCGCCCUCUGUUCAGGUACGUUCACAUGUGCAGCGAAUCUUGCUUUGCACGUUAAAAGGCACAACGGUCAGAAGGAUCACAAAUGUGAAAUAUGUGGUAGGGGUUUCGUUAGGCGUGAUGCAUUGAAAAAACACUUGGAAUGCCUUCAUCGCGAUGUCAAGUCAUUUCUAUGCGUGAUUUGUAACAAAACGUUCAAGGGACACCUGCCCCAACAUAUGAGAACUCAUGCUAGGGACAGACCACAUGGUUGUGCUACCUGCGGCCAAAGAUUUGCUCAGAAAUCACAAUUGACCGUACAUCAACGUACUCAUUCGGGACAGAGACCGUUCAGAUGUUUGGUCUGUUGGCAAGCGUUUGCGCAUUCUACUGCGUUGAAGUUGCACACCAGAAGACAUACCGGGGAAAGGCCGUUCAAAUGUGUCGAAUGUAACGCCGGUUUCACCCAAUUGCCACAUUGGAAAAAACAUAUGAAAUGUAUUCACGGUAGGAGCGAACCGUACGGUUGCAAACGUUGCAAGAGUUUUUUCAGAAUCAAAAGUGACCUCGAGAGUCACGAGAAAUCUUGCCAUCCAGAUGUAGAACCCGAUGUCGAGGGCUCAUCCAAUUCAUUCGGUGCCUCGAACGAUUCCACCGAUAAGAUCACCAAUACUACAAAAUACAGAACUAUGACGGUCGAGAGAAUGCGUUUGUUGUUGGCUGUAUUAUUAAAGAGGAUCAGCAAACAGGAAAGAUUAGAUGAGUUGGGUUUCGGUAAACGUCUUAUCGACAAAGUUCUUCAUGAUUCUUUGAUAUCCGCUGGGAAGGAUCCGGCAACGGGUAAAGGUCUUACAGAGUUGGAAACUCUCACCAAGAAUCUUGAGACUUUUCUCGAGUGGACCGUACCGAAGGAACAUUGGGAGAAUUUUCGUCGAAUGAAAAAAACUCCGGAAGACAUUUUGGAAACUCUCACGGCUACGUAGAGCAACAGCAGCGCAGCGGCUGCAACAUUAUUAUCAUCAUCAUCAUCAUCAUCAUCAUCAUCAUCAUCAUCAACAACAUCAACAACCCAUAUUUUUAUACGUAGAAAUGAACGAGAUAAUUAUCAAUCAAAGAAGUACAUAUACACGACUGAUUUCAUGUACUUCGGAUUUAGAUCCGUCUCGUUCGCGAUUAGCACAAUAUGGUGAUAGUUUCGUGAAAUAUCAAAUCAUACCAAAGCAAAGACAAAAGUAAACAAAUGAAAAAUAAAAAAUAAAAGAUGAAAUAAAAUCAAGAAUGCGAAAAGAUAGGGGAAGAGGAUAUCAUAAAAGAAAGGAAGGUAGACUGCAAAAUAUAGGGCUGACUUGGGUCAAAAAAAAAUCCCUUAAAUGGACUUAAAGCAUUUAGAUGAUUUUAAACAUCGAUUAGUUUCUUUCCAAAUUUUUUUUUUUUUCUAAAACAAACAAAAAUUCUUAUCUACAAGCCUAAAGCGUCUUGAAAAAGGAAUAAUCGAUGUUUAAAAUUAUCUAAUAAUUUAGGGCCCUAUUCCUCUUCCCCCUUAAAAUUCUUUUGACCCAUUCAGUACACGUACAUACAUAUUUAUACUUAUACACAUAUACACACAUAUACAUGUACGAUGCGUAUUAUUGCUAGAACCCAACGAAUCAAUCAAAUUUAGAUACAUUUAUUGUUAAGAGAAAUUAAAAUAAUAGGGAUCGGGGAGUUGGAGGAGGAGGAGGAGAUGGGAUGGGGGAGAUAAGAGAAGAUAAGUAUGAUCGAUACUUAUGGAAAAAAAAAAAAAAGAAAAAAAAAAUAAGUCGACACUUUGAUGUGUGAUACUAUUAGAAGUGAGUGAAAAAAGAAAUGAAAAAAAACGAAAAAAAAAAAGAAAAAAAAAAAAAAGAAAAAAAAAGAAGUA